CCUAGGGCUCAUUUCACUCCCCUGCGCCGUCACCAGAACCCCUCCCCGCUUCCCGCCGCCGCCAUCUCCUCCCUCUUCUCCGGCCGGCGGCGACGAUGAAGGGACGGCAAGGCCAGCGCGUGAGGCUGUACGUGCGCGGCACCAUCCUCGGCUACAAGAGGUCGAAGUCGAACCAGUACGAGAACACGUCGCUGCUGCAGAUCGAGGGGGUGAACACCAAGGAGGAUGUGGGGUGGUACGCCGGCAAGCGCAUCGCUUACGUCUACAAGGCCAAGACGAAGAGCAGCGGCACCACCUACCGCUGCAUCUGGGGCAAGGUCACCCGCCCCCACGGCAACUCCGGCGUCGUCCGCGCCAAGUUCCGGUCCAACCUCCCGCCCACCUCCAUGGGCAAGAAGGUCCGCGUCUUCAUGUAUCCCAGCAGCAUCUAAGGUAUCUUGCUUAAUUUAUGCAAGGCAAAACGAUGUGGAGGCUUUACCAGCUAGUCACUUGGUUAACCAAUCAGAAGAAUUUAAGCAAUUUUGAGGAGUUUAGCUUUUCCUUUUUUACUGCACAGACUAUUGAUUGCAUCUUGUACAACGCAUGCCAAUCACUCAUUUGCCUUGAAAUGAUAUUCAUGCAGUGUUAACUUUUAGCUGUAAUAUUGUCUGGUUGUCAUGGUGGCUGUCAAUUGCAACAUAGAUAGCUGUCCGUG